AUGGAGGGACUUCGGACUACUCGGCAACCGGACCUCUUUAUGUCACUGAAGAAAGACAUGGCUAUGGUCACUCAACAAAUCUUUGUUGCUGAGGAGUGGGCCAAGAAGGCUCGCGAAGAUCUAAACAAUGAGGCUCAGUCCCGCCUCGCUGCUGAGAAGGCUAUCGGUGCCCUUAGGUUGGAAAAGGAUCGCCUGAGUAGCGAAGUGAAGGAUGCACAAAAGGCUCGCGCUAGCGCUAAGGUCGGACUCAAGACCACUACCAAGCAGGCUGAGGAUCUGUGCCAACAGCUCCAUCUGUUCGAGAUAAACCUUGCGACUAAGAAGCAGAUGGUCUCAAAUCUCAAGGCCGAGCUAUCAAAGGCUAAGGAGGUGGCUCACGUGGCCAGGGAGGCGGCUGAGGUUGCGGUGGCAACCUCAUAUGAAUGUGGAGUUAGGGAUACUGAGGUUAGGCUAAUCGAGGAGGUGGCUACCGUAUGUAGGGAUUACAUCACUAUGUCUUGGGGGGUAGCCUUGGAUCGGGCGGUAGUUCCAGCAGACUCCGAUCUCAGGAAAGCUGAGAAUAUCUUCUUUCCAGAAGAUAUUAGUGAGAUUCCGGACUCAGUUCCUCCUGAGGAGCCCCUCCCUGCGAAAGUCACAACCUCGGAUUCCCAUAUACCUAAAGCUGAGGAAAUGCAACCAGUUGCAAAAGACAAAUCGCCUGAGGACACUCUCACAAUAAGGGACGUUGUCGCGCAAGCCAAAGAGGCUGUUCUGGAGCCCCAGGCAGGAGAUGAUCAACCUGAGCCAUCAGCCCCUGUAAAGAGUCCUACUCAGGGCCAAGCCUUAGGACAAUAA